UAAACAAAUAACUGCGGAUGUGAUAGAAAGAAGCAUACCGAUAAACCGCGAGACAGAUGGCGAUGGCGGGAUAGCUUCUCGAGCACUUCCGGGGGCCGCGAUUUCAGAUACUCUUCCAGGUCCAAAUUGGCCGGUUUUGUGAUGAGUGAGGAAGAAGAGCCGCCCGCGUAGGAACUUCGUGCGCUGUUACUGAGGGUCCGCUGCUUUUCGCGUCCGUACUGGACGUUUGGCGUGACAGACGAUUAAAAUCGGAGAAUUGGUAUGAAAAUCGGAGAAUUGGUAUGAAAAUCGGAGAAUUGGUAUGAAAAUCGGAAAAUCGGAAAACCAACCAAUACCAACAAAAACCAAUCUGCUGUCAAAUGAAUUGUCGAAAAUAAUCCGAAACGCACAUCAAUGUUUGGUUCGUGUCAGUGGUUUCAAUGUCUCCAAUUGCGUUACGGAUCUUUAAUUUUCCUCCCCUAUUUACAAACGUAGAUGUGAGGGAAUAUCUUCAUCUAUUCGGACUGGAAAUAAAACAUCUUUACAAACGGCGAGCAGCCGUUUGUGCUCUCGUUUACGUUAGCACCGAGGCUGCGGCACGGUUAGUGAUAGCUCGUCUUCAUCAGCUGCUGAUCAUUAGCCAUCGUUUAAAAGUCGAAUACUCUGAAGUUGCUAUGAAUGAUGCGGAAACGGACGAUGCUGGAGAAAUUAGUACCCCAAAGCGUCGUCAGGCACAUUGAACAAAAUAUCACGAGAGCUAUCAACGAACGUGGCAUUUUACUACCAAGUAUUGCAUCUAAUGAACAAAAUGAAUUUAACACCACCGUUUGAGCUACAGAAAGGAUCGUCAGAAAAUCUCCAAACCCUAAACCUAGCCUCUCAUUCGCUACACAGCGCAUCGGACGAUGAAUCGGAACUAGAAUCGGACACGGAAAAUAUCUCGCUCAAGAGAUUGAAACCGGCCACCAGCAUAUCUCUGCCGCGAACGAUGAAAGUGGUUAACUAUGACUGCCCAACCGAGCCAUUAGUUUGCGUGAAGCAACAAAAAGUGUCGAAAUUAGAAAUACACCUUUCCGGGACCUCAGUCGAUUCAAGUCGUACACCAAAUUCAGAGGAAACCUUAAAAAUAACCAGUGGCAAUUGCGCUCCACAUUCUGAGAGUGCACCUGUUACAGACGGUCCGAGGUCGUUGGAUGAUAUUUUACAAAAUCGAAUCCCCGAUGAACAAAGAGCGUUGCUGAAUGUGUUCCAAAAUUACACUCCCGGAGAACCGUCGGACAAACUGUACAUAAAAAAUCUCUCCAAACAUGUGACCGAACAGGAUUUGAAGAAAAUUUUCGACCUUUUCUUCGAGCAGGAUGUUCUCAGGGUAGUCGAUGUAAAGUUGAUGAAAACGGGUCGAAUGAAAGGCCAAGCGUUUGUUUCGUUCGUUUCGGUGAGCGCGGACAAAGCCGAUGAAUUGAAGAAAAUCGUGGCAAAUGUGCUAUCCGUAACGAACGGUUACAUUUUAAAAGAUAAACCUAUGGUCAUAAACCUAUGCAAAAAACCUAAUAAACCUAUGCAAAAAGUAGUAAAAGCCAAGACUAAUUCUGCAUUUUUUAUUGAAUAUGCAAACGUGUGGCCAAUGGUGACUCUUUUCAUUACUAAAAAAUCGAUACGAGUUAAACAGACGAUUAAAACAACGUUGAAAAAAAUAGUAAAAAUACUUGACAAAUUCGAAUUUCAACAGCAUGCCUGCCCAUGAUGUUCCGCCUUGUUAGCGGAAUUCAGUUUGUUAGCGUUUGUGCCAAUCGAUCAGUAAAAGAAUUAUAACUAGCCAAAUCUGUGUUAUCCUUUCCCAUCCUGUACAACUUAUCAGCAACCCAAGAAAAGGCACUGUCUCAAGCCUGGAAGGGCGUUGCAGUAAAGGUGGGGCUUCCAGCCGAAAGGUGCCGGGCCAACUGACAUGGACUUCGAUCGAGGACCAUAAGUGCUUCCGGAAGCAUUUUGAAAACCCGCACUUUGGCGGGUGGAGGUCCACUGUUGCAUCGUGCUCAAACCGAUCCUACAUAAAAAAAACGCACUGAAAAAAGCCGCAGGCGACAUAUGCAUUCGCAAUCUGCGACGAUGGCCGAACACCACUAACAUCGUGGCAAUGGUGGUACAAGGUGAAAAAGCACGACCAAACAUCAAGAGCCACCUGGAAGAAGAUCGAGCGAUUAAAGAAGCAGUCAAAGUUGGUGCCUUCUUUCGACUACAGCAUUUCUUCGGACGAGGACGACAUCCUUCCUUCCGUCUCCGAUAUUCCGUCCGAUAUUCCGUCCUAUACAGUCAUCCUUCCUUCCCAUGCAGAUAUCCUUCCUUCCGUCUCCGAUAUUCCGUCCCAUGCGCAGAUCGCCAACAACGGCAGCAAACUGCUUGUUACUGAUCUGCUGCCGUUGUCUUCGGCUGAGCAGGUGAAAAUGGUCGAAGAAUCCUCUUUGUCCUCGAAGGUCGAAUGGUCGAAGAAUUGUCCUCUGUAAAUUACGAAGUUUGCAAGGACGAAUUUGUGAACUUCAUUCGUAGCAAAUGUAGAAAUCCCAAGCAAAAGACAGAGGAGAAAUUAGUUAAGGAAUGCAUAGAUUUUUUAGUUCGCGCAAAAUUAUUUGUAGACAGCGUUUGGGAGCAGACCAGAGAGGGUAAAAACCUUAAGUGGUCCUACUGUACUUUAAAUUUAAUUUAUGCCGCAAUUCCCAGUCUAGAUCCAAUUUUCGUUAUGGAA